AUGUCAUUAAAACGUUUAUCCGCAACAAGCUUUUGCAAUUUCAAUAUAAAAAUCAAACAAAGUCUUAAAAAUGAAGGAUUUCAUAGAAAUAUCACUUAUGGAAUUGUGUUUGAACAUGAGAAUGAUGACGAAAGAUGGGUUUAUGAAGAUUGUUUGGUUGGUUUAUCACAAGAGUUACCAUCUGGAGUGUUUGCAAACCCAGACGAAUUAAGUGACUUGAAGAGAAACAAUAAGUUAAACGCAAUAACAAAGAAACCUGUCAAUGUUGAAUUACCUACAGAACUGUCUAGUCCCAACAUUGUAUAUAUAACAGGCAAAGUUACUGAAGGAAGAGUAAACCUUUGGUUACCAGUUCAUGCCAGAUAUCAUCAAGCUGUUGCUGGUGGGGGCUCAGCCAGAAAUCUAAUAGAACCACCAAAACUAUUCCUCCACUGUCCUGAUGGUAGACUGGAGGUUUGUGGAAUGAAAAAAGCUCAUUUUGCUUUACGAUGCAGUGGUAGCUCAAAUGAGAAAUGCAAUUGGAAAAACAUGCCUUUUACAAUGAUGACUGAUAUUCUUAUUUGGGAGGUGCCUGUUGGUAAUAAGGACCACUUUAACUUCGUUGCAAUUGGUACGGCGACAGUUUUGGUGUCUGGCUCAUUGUACUUAUUGAAGACCAUCCACAAGUACGAAGUCAGCCUGCGGAAGAAGAAAUUU